AUGACAGAAAACAAAAUAUGUCAUAGAUAUGUCAUAGAAAACACUGCGGCUGUUACUACAGACUUUGAUUUGGCGAGGCAGAAAAUUUGCGAGAUGAGCGGUUGGAAACUAGGGACAGAGAAGUAUGUGAAAACACAUGAACUGUUUGUAACCAUAUGGAGGAAACUACAGGACGAAGGAGAUGAAAAUAAUGAUGGACUCAUCACAACUGAGGAGUGGCUGAGGAUGUGGGAGAAAUUCAAUGAGCACUGUAUGAAAGAAGCGAAUAAAGACGAUGAGGUUCCGAGUGAACGGAAGCUUCCCGAAUGGCUAGAGAACUACAUCCGGUACAAGUUUGACCUCUUCGACAGGACUGGAGAUGGGUACUUGGAUUGUGACGAGUUUGAGUACGUCCUCGGAGAUUUUGGCGUCCCGGCUAAAGAUGCACGCUCAGCUUUUCUCAUGAUAUCACAGAACAAUGAGAAGAAAGUCGACUUGGAAUACUACAAAGAACUGUGUACAGACUACUUCCGGUCAAAUGACCCUAGUGCACUUGGAAACUUUAUCACAGGGAAAUUGUUGUUUGGCGACACGUGAUUAUCCAAUGCAUUCAAGGGGAAACAACUCCAAUAAAUCAGUGUAUCACCUUAACAUUAUACUCAGUCGGUUUCCUAUGUACACACUGCCUUAAGGUGGCUCACUACACUAAAGCUUAUACUCUGUAUGACAAUACGUCACAAGAUGGAGAUUUAAAUGUUUUAUGAAAUUAUUUGUAUUGAUCGAUCUGUUUAUCUAUCAUCGUAGCUCAAUGGUUAAAGCAUUGGGCUGGUGUCAAACCGCAGAUCUCGACUUCAAAUCCGCCAGAGUUUUUUUGUUGAAACGUGUUGAAAUAUAUAUAUAUUGAAAAUCAUGUUUUUAUCCAAAUUUGCAUAUGUUCUGCCUUUUUGACAUAUAUCCAUAUUGUAUAUCAUAUAAUAUACAUGUAUAUAUAUUAUGAAUAAAUCAAUUUGUGCUGAUUCGAGAAACUAUUUCAAGAUAUAGUGAGCCACCUUAAUGUAACACGUGUUAUGCGCUGACGUAACAGCAUUAUUAUUCUUCCAUGCUGUGAUUCAUACUUCUAUAAAUUCAUUGACGCCUCCGAAUUUGAAUAUUUGCUUUGACGUUGCGGUGCAAAUGCAUACAUUUAUUUAUGUACGUAAGUGUGUAAGGCCGUAUGUAUGUGUGUAUGUAUGCACUUGUGUGUACAUAUCUCAUUUCCAUUCUCGAUGACCAUGUAGCGUGUGACAGCGUGGCGAGAAUUAUAGACUUGCUUUGCUUAGAUGGUCGAGCAGUCUAGCGCGCUCGUUAUACAUGCUGCUAGGGGAUUUGGUUCCGCAGGUCUUGAGUUCAACCUCGGGUAGAGGCGGUAUAUAUAUAGAGAAGAUCCUUCAAAAUAUUAGAGCAAUGUUGAUUGUCGUUAGAAUAUAUGGAUGUGUAUAUGUAUAUUUGUAUAUUAUAUAUGUAAAUGUGUGUAUGUAUGUACAUAUUGUAUGUAUGUAUAUAUUGUAUGUAUGUAUAUAGUGUAUGUAUGUACAUAUUGUAUGUAUGUAUAUAUUGUAUGUAUGUACAUAUUGUAUGUAUGUAUAUAUUGUAUGUAUGUAUAUAUUGUAUGUAUGUAUAUAUUGUAUGUAUGUACAUAUUGUAUGUAUGUAUAUAAUGUAUGUAUGUAUAUAUUGUAUGUAUGUAUAUAGUGUAUGUAUGUACAUAUUGUAUGUAUGUAUAUAUUGUAUGUAUGUACAUAUUGUAUGUAUGUAUAUAUUGUAUGUAUAUAUUGUAUGUAUGUACAUAUUGUAUGUAUGUAUAUAAUGUAUGUAUAUAAUGUAUGUAUGUAUAUAUUAUAUGUAUAUAUAUAUUGUAUGUAUGUACAUAUUGUAUGUAUGUAUAUAUUGUAUGUAUGUACAUAUUGUAUGUAUGUAUAUAUUAUAUGUAUGUAUAUAUUGUAUGUAUGUACAUAUGGUAUGUAUGUAUAUAUUGUAUGUAUGUAUAUAUUGUAUGUAUAUAUAUAUUGUAUGUAUGUAUAUAUUGUAUGUAUGUAAGUACUUCUCUGUGUGUGUAUGCAUUGUAGACUGAAAUAAACAUACACAAUA